ACGAUGGAACUGUUUAUUGAAACCCUUACUGGUACAGCCUUUGAACUUCGUGUUUCACCUUUCGAGACAGUUUUGUCUGUUAAAACGAAGAUACAAAGACUGGAAGGCAAUGUUGGUAUUCCGGUUACACAUCAACAUCUAAUCUGGCAGUCAAUAGAACUUGAGGAUGACUAUUGUCUUCAUGACUAUGGUAUACUAAGUGGCGCCACCCUGAAGCUAGUUCUAGCGAUGCGUGGUGGCCCUAUCAACACUAGGAGAAUUCCAAUGGAGGACACUGCAUUAAGAGAAAUGGCUGAAUAUAUGGAGGCAAAUAAAGACGAAAUUUUAGAAAAACUUCCAGGCAAUCGUCAAGUUACUCUCUUAGUAUUUCGAGAUGGAGAUCAGCUCAAUUUUUUUCGUGUAGUUGAUCGAGGAGAUGGUACUUUGACCCCUUUGUCUGAAUCUUUGAGGUAA